AUGGAGGCGGCCACUUCUGCUCAAGUAGCAGGUGGCAGCAGAGCCACAGCUGUUGCUUCACCAGCACCCCAUGAACAACAGUUGCAAGAAGUAACUAGGCAGUCAGCAGCACGACAAAUAAGACUCGAAUAUUCUCCAAUAACCACUGCUCCUAGACAUACUGAAGCACCACCCGUAAACCCAGUGAAUAAUCUUCCUGCAAUAAGUGAAGUUAAACUGGCAGCUAAGUAA